CGAAGCAACGGGGGCGGUAAUGCACCAAAAGUACGUGUCGCCAGCCUCCUUUACAAGCCAAGAAGAAGAAGCAGGAGGAGGAAGAUGGAGAAAAAUGACAGCCCUUAAAAGCUUGUCGUUAAACAAUGUCAAGAUGGGGCAGACCCUGUGCAUAUGCUCCCGUGGCUCCAUGACCAUUGAAAACAAAAAAUAUUACUUUGUCCAGAAACUAGACGAAGGGGGGUUCAGUUAUGUUGAUCUGGUGGAGGGGGCAAAGGAUGGGCGCUUUUAUGCCCUGAAGAGGAUCCUGUGCCAUGACCGUGAAGGGCAUCAGGAGGCUCAGACAGAAGUGGAGAUGCAUCAGCUGUUUAGUCACCCCAAUGUUUUGAGUCUGGUUGCGCACACCUUUGCUGAUCGUGGAGGCAAGACUGAAGCCUGGUUACUUCUGCCUUAUAUCCGAAAAGGCAGUCUAUGGUCUGUUCUGGAGAAGCUCAGAGACAAGGGGAACUCAAUGCCUGAAAAACAGAUUUUGCAAAUCCUGCGUGGCAUCUGCUCUGGACUUAAGGCCAUUCAUGAAAAAGGCUAUGCACACAGAGACCUGAAGCCCACAAAUGUGCUUCUGGAUGAGGAUGACCGGCCGCUUCUGAUGGACUUGGGCUCUAUGAAUCGCGCAAGGAUUGAGGUGAGAGGAACCAGAGAAGCCAUGACCAUACAGGACUGGGCCGCCCAGCGGUGCACCAUAUCUUACAGGGCUCCUGAACUCUUUAAUGUAGAGAGUCACUGCAUUAUAGACGAGCGCACUGAUAUCUGGUCACUCGGCUGUGUGCUUUACUGCAUGAUGAUGUUGGAGGGGCCGUAUGACAUGGUAUUUCAGAGGGGGGACAGCGUUGCCCUGGCUGUCCAGAAUCCAGUCACCAUCCCACAGUCUUGCAGCUACUCACAGGGCCUGCAGAUGCUGCUGAGCUCCAUAAUGGUGUCGAAUCCCCAAGAGAGACCAAACGUCAACUGGGUUCUCGACCAGGUACACGACCUGCAGAGUCGCAGCCCCAACACCCAAACCAACGCGGUCUGAUCCUGCACGGUGCACUGGAUGUGGGAUCUCCGAAACCUUUGCACACACAAAAGAACAUCUAUUAUUAUGAGCUUUAGUGUAAAAGCCUAAGUGCAGACUUUUAAGUUUGGGGAGCGAGACAAUGUUUAGUUUGAAUACUCGAAUCCAGCCUGCGAAUCCCAGUUGAUUCUUGUAGUUGACGCGAUCUGAAGAAUCUGAAAGGCCCUGCAGUAUAAUAUUGAUUAAUGUUUCUAAUAAUUACGUGGCUUCACCUUAUACCCACUUUUAUUUUGUUCAAUGUGGAACUGGAGCUAGCAGCCUGUUAUAUUAGCUUAGCAUAACUACCGAGGGUGUGGGGGAAACUGCUAGCCUUCUCACACUCUUUGGUUGUCAUGUUUGUUUAAUCUGUACUAAACCAAAGUGUAAAAAAGGAAGAUCUGUGAGUAUAAUUUGAGUUAUUGAUCUUUAGAGGGGGCUGGUAUUUUGUUACCUAAGCUAAACUCACCAUCUGCAAAAAAACAACAUAUUUAUAGUGAUUCCUUUAUGAAAAAGGAAGAAAAGUAACUGCUUUUGUCUUCAAAUUUUAGUUUUUCAGAACUAAGGGGAUAACGUAAGUGGUUUGCCAAACUUUCCGCUGUGUGAAAGCUACUUGAGUACAUGUCAGAUUUCAUUCCCUACCUAGAACGAAUAGGCUCCAUUUCCUUUUAAUUUGAAUGUUGAUCACCUGCAAUGCUGCAUUGAAACACACAGAGGUGCUGCACCAUCACGGUCCCCUGCGCCACACGCGGAUGGUUCUGUCUGCAGGAGAUAUUGUGUCAGUGGGCUCUUUUGUAAAGGACUGCAAAGAGUGUGUUUUUGCACAAAAAGAAAAGCGUCAGUCACUCAUACCAUCAAAUAAUAACUUUAGUUCUGUUUAUGGAAUGUUUUUAUUUAUAACGUCAAACUGAGACCGUCUGCCAUUGCAGUUUGGCUUUCACUCUUCACUGCAUCGUCUUUUUAACCGUUCUUCCAUUUAGCGCUCUGCUUGUGGUGAAUUGUGGAUUUCCUGUUGUGUGAGUGUGGACUCAUCAUUUUGUUCUCUCAGGGUUCACUCAGAUGUCAAAGGGCCUGUUAGUCUGAAGCAAGGGACCUAAAUGGUACCAUUUUAUCGCAUCGUUAGAUAAAAUAAUACUUUGGGCAUUUAAGUUAAGAUAAAUGCUUUUGUUGUAAUGCAGUGAUAUCGGGAAUAACACAAAAAUCCUUGGUCGUAAACUUAUACAAUUAAUUGUUGGAAUGGUUAUUGCUAUACGGUUUGAUGAUAUUAUCCUUUCCAAGUUUGCUUAUGUCUGAUGACUAUGAUUUUUUUGUGUUAAUGGCGAGCUAAUGCUGAUGCAGCUGACAAACAUAAGGGUUUCUUUAAGUGUACUGAUGAAGUUCAAAGAUAAUACGUAACCGUGUGUUUCUUGAUUAUGGAAAUGUUUGAUCUCUGACUCAUUCCACAGUAAAGGUUAAAUAAACAUUGAAUAUGUAGCACUGUG